AUGCGUGAGAAUUUCUCAUUUUCUGCAAAAAUUUUCAUCGCCCUCUCCAUCAUCUUCAUCACCCCAUCCCGCGCGGCCCCGAUUUCCCCUUCCAACAACGUCACUCUCUACGGCGGCGCUUUCUUGAGCGCCGCCACCAUCGUCCUGUCGAAGGAGAAGAGCUGCCCGCCCCUUCCCCCGCCUCCUCUCUUCCCUCCAUCAGCCGCCGUCGGGAGGGCAUUCUACGCCAGACCUCUCCGAUUCCUCGACCCCACUGCCGGCGCCGCCGCAUCUUUUUCCUGUAUUUUCUCUUUCUCCGUCACCGUCCCGGGCUCUUGCCCCGCCGGCGAUGGGUUCGCGUUUAUGAUCACCUCCCAAGACGCGAAUUUCUCCGGCCUCUACGAUGGUUACAUGGGCCUCCCCGCUGAAGGCUCCGAUUAUCUCUCCGUGGAAUUCGACACGAGCUUCGACCCGAUUCUUGGGGAUAUCAACGACAACCACGUCGGCGUUGACGUGAAAAGUAUCAGGUCGGUUUCAGCCGUGGAUUUACUCCCCAGGGGACUCGAUCUCAAGAGCCGGAAAGGAUUGACGGCCUGGAUUGAAUACAGGGAGCCCGAGAAAUCAAUUAGAGUUUGGAUCGGGCCCUCGAAGGAAAAACUCAGGCCCCCAAGCCCGGUUCUUGAUGCGCAGAUUGAUUUGUCCAAGCACUUUAAGGAGUUCAUGCACGUGGGGUUCACCGCCUCCAGUACGAGAGGCUCGUCCGGUUACAGCAUCAACUCAUGGCAAUUCAAGACAUUUUUCGGGCCCCUGCCUUCAGCUCUGCCAAUGGACGGUCACGAAUGCAUAUUCUGUUCACCGACUGACUCAAAUUUUCAAAUCGGCCCUUUCAAUUAUCAACCGUCGAGAAAAAGAAGGAUCUGGGGCGUGGCUCUUGUUUCCGGUGGCCUUGCACUGGUCACAAUCACUUUCAUGGCGGCAUUUGUAUCUUCGUGCGUAUACUGCAUGAGGAGGAGGAGAAAGAGGCUCCGGCGGGCCCACAGCAAACGCGAGAUGCGCAAGUUUCAAGGAGGAAGGAUGGUCCCGAAAAUGCUGUCGCUCACCGAAAUCAAAUCAGCCACGAACGAUUUCAAUCGCGACAAGAUCAUAGGCGAAGGGGCCUCGGCCGUGGUGUAUGGAGGGGCAAUUCCGUCAUUCGGACCUGUUGCCGUGAAAAGGUUCGCCAACGAAAACCUGACAAACAGCUCCUCCUCCAUCUCGAAAAUCCCGUUCAACACCGAGUUUGCAACAAUGGCCGGCUGCCUGAGGCACAAGAAUCUCGUCCAGCUCCAAGGGUGGUGUUGCGAGAAAAACGAGCUAGUCCUCGUUUACGAGUACAUGGCAAACGGGAGUUUGGACAGAAUUCUCCAUAACCGGACACACUUGACGAGAGCCCUCACAUGGGAAAGUAGGCUGAACAUAAUUCUUGGAGUUGCAUCUGCCCUUGUAUACCUUCACGAAGAAUGCGAGAGCCAAAUCAUCCACAGGGACGUGAAAACGUGCAAUAUUUUGCUCGACUCAGAAUUUAACGCGAAGCUAGGCGACUUUGGCCUUGCUGAGGUGUACCGUCACAGUUUGAGAACUCGACUAGCGACUGUGCCAGCUGGUACGAUGGGUUACUUGGCGCCAGAGUACGUGUUCACGGGAGUCCCGUCUGUGAAAACGGAUGCUUUCAGCUUUGGAGUUGUUGUUCUCGAAAUCUUGACCGGGAGGAGGCCCGUGGAUGAGGAAGGAGUCGUUUUAGGCGAUUACGUUUGGAACUUGUGGGAGAAAGGGAUGAUUAGUGAGGCAGCUGAUGGGAAUUUGUUGGGUCUUUUUGACCGGGCUGAUAUGGAGCGGGCCCUGAUAGUUGGGCUGUGCUGCGCGCAUCCGGACUGCGUGAAGAGGCUUACGGUGAGGGAGGCUGUGAGGGUGCUAAAGGGGGAGUGCCCUUUGCCAGUGCUGCCCGCUAGGAAACCGACGGUCAGGAUUCAGUCGGUGGUGGGCCAGCUGGCAGCAUUGGAUGAUGAGAUCGAGAGCUCUGCUGGGGACACGCCGUGGUCAACCCCAAGGACUCAUUUUAGCAAGAAGUGA